AUGGGGAGGGCUCCUUGUUGUGAGAAGAUGGGGCUAAAGAAGGGACCGUGGACGCCCGAAGAAGAUGAGACAUUGAUUUCUUACAUCCGACAACAUGGCCAUUCUAAUUGGAGAGCGCUUCCAAAACAAGCUGACUUCGGUGGUUUAACUACUUGCGGCCAGACAUUAAAAGGGGAAACUUUAGCAAGGAAGAAGAAGAAACCAUCCUCGAGCUGCAUAAACUUCUUGGAAAUAGGAGCAUGGUCUGCCAUCGCAUCAAGAUUGCCAGGCCGGACAGACAAUGAAAUAAAGAAUUUCUGGCACUCUCACUUGAAGAAGAGAGUUGAACAAGAAAGUCAAGUACCUGCAGCAGCCCCCCUGACCAGAAGCAUUAAUAAUAUCAUCCCCCUCAAGAACGGAGACCGAAGAAUUCAAUGUCCUAUCCAAUAUGCACCAACAACCUUUUUUAGACUUGAUGAUGAUCUUCAUAACAAGUUGUUGUCAAAACGGACAUGUAGUAGUCCAAAUAUUAUUAAUGCAGAUCCAGGACUUCAGCCUCCUUUCUCUUCUUCUUCUAACUCUACCGCGGGGCAAAUCAUGAAAAGGGAAGGAUCCAAGACCCAUGAAGACAUGGAUUUUUGGUACAGCCUCUUUAUGAAAGCUGGAGAGCCAUCAACAGUAGCACUGCCAGUCUGCCACUGCAUGAUGGAGUUUAGUGCAAUUUAG